GUGUUUUUUUUUUUUGCUACUCUUCCCGCAAUAUAAGUAAGUGACUUUGUCACAACAUUUCCAACCAAUAACCUACGUGUCAAUAAAAUGAAGGAUCUUAUACCAAAUAUAUCACCCCAUACACUAUUUAACGCAGCAGAUGGCCAACAUUUUCAAAAGUGAAUGGUCUGUUAUUUAUUUUGUCGACGGUGGAGUUCGAAAUGAAGAGACAAAUGUUAAUCUUCCUCUAAACGCUAAUAAUAGUAUUUAUUGGGCCCAUACACUUGCAAUGACCAUUCCGAUCAGACAUUUAACAUUGGACUUAAGCAAAACAUAGAGGCUCAGCCUCAGUCCCAUUAAUUGACUGGUCUAUAUGCGGUGCGCGGUUCGGGAAUUUUGUUGCAUUUAAUCACUGGUCGCCUGCAUGCGGCGUUCAGAUCAUAAUUGGAUUGCGGGUUGUCCCCCAGGCCGCUAUCAAAUAAUCAUCGUAAUCCGUAUCGGCAGAGCUGCUCUAUAAAUAUGAGUCUUGGGACAAAGCUAAUUACAUUAUGAGAUCUCUCACAGAGUGAGUAACGCGUGGGCCUUGGGAAUGGCACACACACAUAAGACAGACACACACACAGUAGGCUAGAACCGAUCCUCCCUAGUUUUUAGUCACACUGGGUUUUUCUGACGUGUGGUUAGUGAAGUUUUCUCACAUAAACUCGUGGUCACUUUUAUGGUGUAAAGUGCCACCUGAGUCUGAGAGAGAAUUGAGAACGUCAGGUUGGAAACUAUGUUGUAUGUGAUCAUACUGUCAUUGAUGACAUUUUAUGCAGUGUUUAGGAGGAUGAGGGUGACAGAGAUUGGAAACUUAUGGCUGGCCUCCCCUGGUGACCGAGCCUUGUCGUCGCUGUCAUUGCCGACGGUACCGCGUGGGCAGCUCGCCUCGCUUUAAUGGUCGUGCAGACAGAGAGUGCUGCUUAUUUAUCACACGUGUUAAUGAGUGCAGAUUUGAUGGGCUGCUCGUGUAUUCCCUAGGGUUGGUUCAUAUAUCAGCGGCACGCGUUCUGACAUGGCCUCCCGCGAGCUCAAUCCGUGGGCGUAGGCCUACGGGCUUUGGCUCAGUGAGAAGUGUUGUAUUUUACUGUCUAUGGCCUAUCGUUAUUGUGGUAAUUACGCACAAGUGGGGUAAUCUUAGUGCUGUUUUAUUUGAAUUCAUCAAUAUAUUUUAGACGUUGUUUUUAAUACAAAUGUCAUCUGUCGGGCAUCUGAGGGAAAAUCUACAGCUAUUUGCAUGCACACGCUAUCUUUUGGACAAACAGUAGUGACAGCUCUUAUCAAUGUCCAGGUGGGCGCGCGCGUCAGAUACUUACCAGGUGUGUUUGCGGAGAGUCCGGCAUGGAGCAAGCACGCAGUCUGUGCUGUCGAGAUUUGGACAACCGCUCGAGCUCAAAGUGGUAGUCACCACUAAACAGACAGGUGUGCGCAAGGUGCAGGUUUGAAUCGAACAUGAUUGAAACUGAGGCACCGCUGCCACACAUUUCAUCUUUUUAAAACUAAAGGUAGACCUCAUACUGUUCCGAUUACAUGUGGAUGCGAUGAAAUAUUCUCCACUAAGUCUCUCAAGUAACGCUCCAGCACGACUUAAAGAAAUGUAAUAAAAUUCUAAGACAUAUUUAAUAACCGAAUUAAUUCAGCCGAAGGUAAGAUAUGUGCUGAAGAUAGUCUCCUGUCGAGAGACUACUCAAGAAGACACUGUAGGAGGCACAAGGAUGUUGGUGGGGUGUGUGAAUCUGUAUUGAGAGAUAAUGUGUAAGCCAAGUGUGAGUAUGUUUCUUGUUUUUUGUGUGCAGGUGUGAGGGGUUCUAAAUGCAAAUUUGUGGUUGGCAAAGCAGUAGAAGUUGGUGAGGAAGUGGAGACAGUGCUGGCAGGUUUUUAGAAAAUGCGUAUACUGCUUCCCGUCUACACAGCAUGAGAUGGUGGCGUUGGCGGCCUCCUCCUCCUCCUCUUCCUCCUCUUCCUCGACUGGACUGGACUGCCUGGAGCUCCGGCGCUCCUGCCACGACCAGCGCCAGUGCCGGCUGCGGUAUGAGCAGCUGGACAUCUGCCUGGACAACGCCAAUGCCCACGCCCCACCGGACCCUGAGACCCAGCAGGCGUGCAUGGAGGCGCAGAGCGCCGUACUCCACAUGAAGCCCCAUGCGCUGGACUGUCGCUGUCAGCGGGGCUCGCGCAAGGAGGAGCGCUGCAUCCGGGUCUACUGGACAUUCAGGUUCCCUCAAGGUUAUGAUGACAUUGAGUCAUCUCCGUAUGAGGACAUGGACGAGGAGCUACGGAGGAGUUUGGACACACUCAGAAUCACAUCCUUAGUCGCAGCCUCGUCUCCGUGGCAGAACCAGUGUCUGAAGGCGGCGCAGGACUGCGGCAUGUUCGAGAAGUGCGGCGCGCUGCGCUCCGAGUACGCCGUGGCCUGCACCAAACCGGCCGUCGACGGCGCCAGCUACUGCAACCGGCAGAAGUGCCACCGGGCGCUGCGGCGCUUCCUGGAGCGCGUGCCUGAGGACUACAGCCUGCCCGUGCUCUUCUGCCCAUGCUCGGACCCGCUGUGUGGCGAGCGCCGGCGCAAGACCAUCGUGCCGUCCUGCUCAUUCGAGGACCGUGAGCAUGACCAUCCGCCCAACUGCCUGACCCUGAAGAUGCAGUGCAUGCGGGAUGAUUUGUGCAGGGCCAGGUUGGCAGAUUUUCAGCACCACUGCCAGCCCUCCCCCUACUCCCCAUCAGGCUGUGCCAGAGAGAGCAGAGCCAUGUGCCUCAAAGCCUACACAGGACUGAUCGGCACAGCUAUGACCCCCAACUAUGUGCAGAAUAGCAGCAUGGAUGUGGCUCUGUGGUGUAACUGUGAAGGCAGUGGAAACCACUGGGAGCAGUGUCAACACCUUCAGCAUCUAUUCACAGACAACACCUGUCUGAGUAACGCCAUCACCACCAUGGGCAGUUUCCUGUCCGAUUCGGAGGAUGGAGAGGCUCUGCCCCCUCCUGCCCCCUCUCAGCUCACAGAGCACCACCAGCUCAACGUCAACCAGCAGUCGGCACUCAACUCUGUGGAGACCAGCUUGGAAGACAAAGAGGAGCAGGAGGCGGUGAAAGACGAGGAAGAGGAGGAGGACGAAGAGGAGGAGGAGGAGGAGGCGGUGGAGCAGCGCUUCCACCACGUCAUCCCGCCGUACUCGGAGAAGGCCACCGUCUCCAACCUGAACUCGGCCGGCUGCAGCGUCCACGCCGGCCGUUGCCCGUUCGGCCUGCGGCGCCCCCUGCUGUCACACCCGGCACUGCCACUCCUGCUUCUGCUCUUGUUCACGCUGACCUGUCCUUUUACCUGGGGGUAACAAGGAGCCCCCAACUGCCCCUCUUACCCCACCUUCAUACAAAUGACUAGACUCACCCCGAGACAGAGGGAGAGAGAGAGGGGGAUGGAGAGGACUACGGGAGAGAGAGAGAGAGAGUGAGAGAGGGAGGGAGGGUAGAAUUGAGUUUGUGAAAUAAACAGAGGAUAGGGAGGGCGGAUUGAAAAUAAAAAAAAUAAGUUUAAUGAAAUGAAAAGUGAUGUCACCCCCUCUCUCCCUCACUCUGCCUCUGUUCAAGGGGUUGCGGUUGUCUUGUACAGUCUGUUGCCAUAGCUGCUCUUUCUCCUCGGCUCUUGCCCCCGGCUCGGCCAAUCGGGUGCGAGAAUGGAGGCCAGCACGGCUUUGUGAGCCAACGGCGGCGCGCGGCUGGUCCAUGACCCCACCCUCCCACUCUUCUUAAGCUCCGCCCUGAAAGUGUGUGUUGCUGGGCAACGCCCCGACUCCCAGCUGGUCUUGUGUACAUGCGUGGAUAUGAAUGACUUUUAACCCGCUACAAACAGCUACGCACUUCCUUCACAUACCAUUUUACGUUGAGUCAUUGUUUUUAUUAUCAUUAUUAUUAUUAGUAUGAUUACAAUUAUUAUUAUAUUAUUAUUAUUAUCUGUGUUGUACUAAAAUGCUAUGAGUUCAGA